AUGCCUGCCACAUCUGCUAUACUGUUGGCGUUGCUAAUGGUAGUGUUGUCAGCUGAUGGCGUCGAUUCAUACACUUAUGUACAAAAGUAUACCUAUUUUUCUUCCAACAACAAGUUGACCAAGUAUCCAGAUGGCUUCUGUGGUGGCCAGCCAUUUGAUACAUGUGAUUGGGGAUCAUAUGGAGAGGCUCUGCUUCUCCUGUCCAUGGUAACCCUAAUGAUUGCCGCCAUACUAUUUAUCAUCAUCCUAAUAUUCUGGAUUGGACGCAAGGCCUGCUUUGGUGGAUGUCACGCCAGUGAUGGUUUCUGUUGUCCCGGAACAAGAUUCAAUCAUCAAUUCGAGAAAGGAUACUCCAACUGCCAGGUCUGUUCUCUUAGAGUGGUCGUCGUCAUCUUGGUAGCAUGUUCAAUUCCACUAUUCAUUGUAUCGAUACAUGGAAAUGUGUUGACCACUGACCAGUUACAUACGAUUGGACAUAAGUUGGUGACAAAGGCUGAUGAUACAUACAAUAGAUAUAUGAAUAUAUAUAACAAGAUGAACUCGACAGAUUUCCAAAGAUUUGAGGCCUAUUCAUCGGAGGAGACCAAGCAGAAACUUGACGACGAGCUCAAUCAGAUUAUGGAUGAUCUGUUGAAUGUACAGUCUGAUGCACACUUGGUAAACGACAAGUCCGAGCGCUAUAAUCAUUAUCGCUACAUUGCCACGAUGAUCAUCCUGUCAUUUGGUAUGCUGGCCUGUGUGUUCCUGUUCAUCUCCAUCUUCAACUGCCAUCGACUAAGUGCUGCCUCGGCGGUGUUGUUAGUAUUCCUCAUACCUCUGAUGUGGAUACUGUUCAGUGUUCAUUACUCUGGCAACUUCAUGGUGUCCGACCUGUGUACUACCUACUCUGACCGCUACAACAAUGGCACUGCGGUAUCAAACUAUACCAAUCCAAUCAUUCAGGAGGCGUUCAACGGAUGUAAGAACGACACGAUGGUCAUCCCACUGUUUAGCGAAAUGGUGACGACCGUCGACGAUAUGUUCAACUCGACAUUCUCCCAAGCAUGUGGCGACCAUGGCAUUGGUCACCUGUGUAAUGUCCAGUUUGACUACUAUCCCAAUGGCUAUGAACAGCCAUCAGAGAAGAUAAGCGUGAUGGAUUGCUCCAAGAUGCCACACUGUGACAACACGACCGUGGUCCUGUACCUCAGGGCGCCCGUGACCGACUUCUUGGUGGGUUGCUACAACUCUGCACUCAAGAGUCUCGAUUGUCCAUUCAGCUCGGGUAACUCACCAGACAUAUGCCAGAACACUGGUGGCAAGGUUGUGUCAUGUAAAGUACAACAUAUUGCCAGUGUGGAUGCAUGCCAACAUGACUGCGUCAACCCACAGAUUAGGAACACCAGUAUUGCAGCAGUUGAAGGAAUCACAUCACUACUACGAAUCAAGGCCUUAUGGGAACACGAGGCACUACCUCUCAUCAACUGUUCCAACCUAUUACCAUUUAUCAAUGAUAUUGAGGAUAGUCUAUGUGAUAAGGAAUAUAACAAUGUACAAAGAUUAGUUGCACCAAACUUGUUUGUUUGCAAUCUUGUUACUUGGAGUUGGUGUUGCCGCAGUGCUAGGUAUGAAGAGGUUCCACAAGAAGAGUCAACGUAA